AUGGCGUGCUUCUUGGUGCUGAGCAUCUUGCAGUCCUCAUCUACAGUUGCUAAAGUGAUUGACAAAUUUGAGGAUGAAACUGCAGAUGACAUUCUCCCUGUUGGCAAUAUACGGAAAAAAGCUUCAGCCUCUCUUUUGGAAGCUGAUAAAAGGUACAGUGGAAAAGCUACAUCUCGCAAAGCCUUGCAAGAAGAACUCUGGGGAGAUGCUCUGUCUGAAGAAGGAUCUGCUGAAGAAGCAUUAGAUGAAUGGUACAGUGGCAGUGAAGAUGAAGAAGAGGAUGGCAGCUUAGGCACUAAAACAAAGGAGAAGCUCAGCAGUGCUGGCAGUGACCAGGAGGAUGACUUGGAAGAUGAUGAAGAGACAGAUCCGUUUGCCAAGGCACCAAAGUUCAGUUUCCAGAAUAUUACAGACUUUGAGAAAUUUACAGAGGGGAUGGAUGAUGUAGGAAGCAGUGAGGGAGAAGAUGAAGGUGAUGCCAGCAUGGAAGAAGGAAGUGAUGAAGAGGAAUAUGGGAGUGAAAACCAUGACAAUGUAAAGGAAACCAAUGACACCGAAGAUGACGGGGGGGUGAUGACAUUCUCAAAACAACAGGAGUCUGAAGAAGUAGAAAAAGGAAAAGCUGUGAGGAACCAGAUAGCACUGUGGGAUCAACUGUUGGAAGGGAGAAUCAAGAUGCAGAAGGCGCUCGUAACGGUCAACCGGCUUCCACAGCCAGAUACUUACCCAAUCUUCAGAAAGGAAGGUGGACAAGAAUUUGACAACGCUGUCGAGAACUGUUGUAAAGCCCUGGAGGCAUUGCUGAAAGUAUUAGUGGACCUUCAGGAUGAGCUGCUUUACCAAUACCCAGGCACGAGGCAUCUGGUAGAUGGAAAGCAAUCAAAAACUGAGAGCGAUGAUGAAAUCCCCAGCAGUAGUGAUGAAGAGCAAGUGGAGAAGGCUCAGGAGAAGAGGAGGAGCCUCCCCAAACGAAAGCUAAAGAUGGAGGACUACCCAGAAUUCAUAGCCAAGCGGUAUGCUGACUUCAGGACAUACCGGAACAACGUCUUGCAGAAGUGGCAUGAGAAGACAAAUCUGGCAUCUGGCAAAAUGGGAAAGGGUUUCGGUGCCUUUGAGCGUUCAAUCGUGACUCAGAUUGAUCAUAUUAUGAUGGACAAAGAGAGAUUACUACGGCGGACACAGACCAAGCGAUCAGUGUAUACAGUGCUGGGAAAGCAGGAACAGGAAUCUCGUCCGGUCCCUGAAUCUGUGCCUGAAAAUUCGGAAGUCCUCCCUCAGUCAGAUUCCAACAGGCACCUGAAGGACAUAGAUGAGGAGAUAUUUGAUGACGACGACUUUUAUCACCAGCUCCUUCGAGAACUUAUAGAACGUAAAACCACCUCACUGGACCCCAAUGACCAGGUCGCAAUGGGCAGGCAAUGGCUGGCCAUCCAGAAGUUACGGAGCAAAAUAAAGAAGAAAGUGGACAGAAAAGCCAGUAAAGGAAGGAGAAUCCGGUAUCAUGUCCAUAGCAAGCUGGUGAGCUUCAUGGCACCUAUUGACCACUGUACAAUGAAUGAUGAUGCCAGGACGGAGCUUUAUCGUUCGCUGUUUGGAAAAAUCACGAGUCCUGAAGAAGCCGAGCAGAAUUAGCACCAGGCCUUGGCGCCAGGACUGACUGCAGCGGUGGGCUCCGUGCCGCGCGCCCCGGCCCGGCCAGCGCAGGAGGGGUACAGCUCCCUGCGCCCCACGCUGCCCUGCCGCCCGACAUCGCUCCCAACACCCGACAUCGCUCCCGACAUCGCUCCCGACGCCCGACAUCGCUCCUGACAUCGCGCCUGAUGCCUGAUGUUGCUCCCGACAUCACUCUCGAUGCUCGACAUCGCUCCCCGACGCCCGACAUCGCUCCUGACAUCAUUCCCGACGCCCGACAUUGCCUCUCUCGGGGCAGCUGCUGGCCCUGCCCUCGGUGGUCGCUUUAAGCUGCCCGGCGCGAGGCCUCUCCAGCGGCUGGUUUGUUGCUAAAAGCCUCGCUGAAAGCGCAGCACACACGGUUACCGAUAAACCACAGAGGCUCCGAAAGAAGGGGG